GAUGCAAAGAUUUGCUUCUCUGAUGAUACUCUGCCAGAUGGUUUCAAUGUGAGGGAAGGUGAUAUGGUGUCUUACCAACCUUAUGCAAUGGGCAGAAUGAAAUUCAUAUGGGGUGAUGAUGCAGAGGAAUUUAGACCAGAGAGAUGGCUUGAUGAGCAUGGUGUGUUCCAACCUGAAAGCCCUUUCAAGUUUACAGCCUUCCAGGCUGGUCCUCGUAUUUGUAUCGGUAAGGAGUUUGCUUAUAGGCAGAUGAAGAUCUUCUCAGCUGUUCUGCUACACUGCUAUGCUUUCAAAUUGAGUGAUGAGGAGAAAAUCAUCACUUACAGGACAAUGAUUAAUCUUCAUAUAGAUGGGGGCCUUCAUAUUCUUGUUUCCCACAGAUAGAUGAUUACUGUUUGUUGCAUAUUCUAUCAUAUGAAUCAAAUUAAUGUAAUGUAAUUGGGGAUGGAAAACCACGUAAUUUGAAUUGUUCUUUUAUCAGACACCAACGAAACUGCAAAUUUAAAUGAAAAUUUUAACUUGUU